GACGCAAUAGCCUCACUUCACAUGCCCCAUGACCUUCCUCCGUCUCGGUGCUGCUGAACUGCCACUUCUAGUGGCGGCCUUGUGAAUUAGUUUUUCUUCCAUUUUCUUUUCUGUUAAAGUUUCACUAUUUUCUCUCUCUCUCACGCAUAAAACCACCUUCUCCAUUUCCGUUUUUAACUACAAACUCCAUAUUUAUUCUUUCUCAACUACUCAUCAAUGAAGGUGAUUCGAGUUGGGCUCUGGUCGGUUUGGCUUUAUGGGUUUGUGCUUAUUUGUUUUUCCUUGUAUACUACUCAGAGGCUACCUCCAUUUAAGGAUGAAAUCCAGAGAACAUCCAAUUUCAAUCACAACGGUUUCAGCCAUGUGAGAAAUCCCAGAAUUACAAUCUUCUCAGCUCCUGUCCCCUUUGCUGGUUCAGCUAGGGCUAGACAGAGUCUUGCUAUUCGGUCUUGGCUUGCUUUGUCUUCUCAAAUUACGGUGAUUCUUUUCACCCAAAACCCUUCUGCUGUUUCUUUCGCCUCUGCCUUUGAUUCUCGAGUUCUGAUCGAUCACAGUGUUGAUUUCACGUUUCUCGGUACCCCAUUCUUUCAUUCCAUGAUGGAAAGAUCGCUAGCAUUCUCAACAGACAUAUCCGUUUUUAUCAACCCGGAAACUAUUCUUUUGCCUGAUUUUGUUUGCACCUUGAAUUAUGCUUAUAAACUUGAUCGUGAUUGGCUUCUCGUGGCUUCAUCGCAAAAUGUUUCUUACUUCCCGUUCCACUUGGAUGAUUCUGGGAAACACUGGCUGAGAAAGGAUGGCAAAUGGAUUAAACCCCAGGAGUUGCAGGAGAUGCUUACUCAGAAAUGGCUGGGGAAUCAUUGUGAUGAUAGAAUGCUUAUGGCAUGGAACAGCAAGAACGUACCUUUACAUAAUGGAGUGCUUCCUCCUUUCUUGUACGGCAAGGGGAUUCACAAUCAUUGGGUCAUAAAUGAGGCCGUGUUAUCUGAUUUCAGGUUUGUAUUUGAUGCAAGUUCAACAAUCUCAAGUUUCUAUUUGAAUGAUGAAGAACAUAAGUCAGAGAAAACCUCAAGUUUUUCAGAUGCUAAAAAUAGAAGCUGGGAGAAUGUUGGCAAUUCCCAUCUGGGUGCUACUUAUGGGUUAUUGUCUUUCCAUGAAAUUAAUUAUUCUAGCAUAGUAAAACUAGUCAAGUGUGAUGGGCACUAUCUAUUUGUUGACUUAACAGAAGACAUCACUUACCCAUUUAUGGAUCAGGGACUGAACCUAUGGAAUAGAAGAAUUUUGCAUUCUAGAAGAAAGAAGAAAACUGUGGCUUGUGUUAACCAUAUCAAAUCACAAGAAAGAGUGUUAAACUGCUCUCUUAGAGAUCAGUUAAAGGAGUUAGCACCAUUAGAAUUUCCAUUUUCCUUAGAAUCACUCCUUUCAGGAACUGCAGAUGAGAACAAAACAGUUGUGCUUGCUGUUGCUGGAUAUAGUUACAAGGACAUGCUAAUGAGUUGGGUGUGCAGAUUGCGCCACCUCCAGGUCACAAACUUCUUGAUUUGUGCUCUUGACCAUGAAACAUACGAGUUCUCUGUCUUACAGGGCCUGCCUGUUUUCCAUGAUCCAUCAGCCCCAAGUAACAUUAGCUUUGAUGAUUGCCACUUUGGAACCAAAUGCUUUCAGAGGGUAACCAAAAUGAAGUCCAGAAUGGUCCUGAAGAUAUUGAAGCUCGGUUACAAUGUACUUCUGAGUGAUGUAGAUGUGUAUUGGUUUACAAAUCCAUUGCCAGUUCUUCGUUCUUUUGGUCCUGCUGUUCUUGUGGCGCAGUCUGAUGAAUACAAUAAAGCAGGUCCAGUGAACUUGCCUAGGCGUUUGAACUCUGGCUUUUACUUUGCUCAUUCUGAUGGUUCUACAAUUGCUGCAUUGGAGAAGGUGGUGAAGCAUGCUACAAUAUCUGGCCUUUCAGAGCAGCCAAGUUUCUAUGACACAUUAUGUGGGGAAGGAGGUUCCAAUCGUAUUGGUGAUGAUAGAUGUGUGGAACCUGAAACAAAUUUGACUGUUCAUUUCUUGGAUAGAAACCUCUUUCCUAAUGGUGCAUACUUAGACCUAUGGCAGAAGAAAAAUGUGAAAAAUGCCUGUGCAAAGAAGGGCUGUCUCAUUCUUCAUAACAAUUGGAUAAGUGGAAGGUUGAAGAAGCUGGAACGUCAAGUUUUGUCAGGUUUAUGGGAGUAUGAUAGUAGUAAAAGAUUGUGCUGCAGAGGUUGCAUGGUGCUGAGUUAACUGGGAUCUUUGAGACUUCUUCAGUGAACUUCUGUUAAUAUUUUAUCGUCUUCUGUCCAUUCAUAACUUUGAUUUUCUCGUGGACGAGAAGAAAAGGAUUUAUUCCUUUCCUCUAUGUUAUGAGUGUCCUAAGCCUCGAUUUCAUCUUGGUUUAAGUGGAAGAAUACUAAUUUAGAAAGAGCCCACCAUGAAAAACAAAAAUAUAUCCACCUUGGAAAAAAAAAAUAAUACUGAAAUACGUCUAGCCGGCUGCCGGCACAAUGCUCCCCUCGUAUGCCCUGCUGUUGAUGAAUAUUAUGAAUGUUUGGACCUGACAGCUUUUGAUUUCUGGCCAUGCUGAAGGCCUUUGUUCAUUUUUUAGGACGAAUCCAAGGCUCUCAUAAAGAGUCUGGAAAAGAAAUUGGAAAAUCUCCUUUAUCACUGGAUAUGUGCUCGCAGUCAAAGGAUAUUUCUGUCAGGAUAGUUCAUGCCGGCGGGCGAGAGGAGUUAUAUCAACAUGCAGUUCCAGCAUCUCACUUGAUGGAAAAAUAUCCUGGGAUGUGUGUUGCCCGGCCAGAAGUUUUCAGAAAUCCACAAGAGUCCCUGUUAUGGCCAGAUGAGAAUUUGUUACCUGGUCACAAAUAUCUUUUAAUCCCAUCUACUACUGCUCAGAAAUUGAAACGCAAACAAAUGGAGAAGACAAAAGUCGCAGACUACGCUGGAAGUAAAAAUGAGAUGUCAGAUGUAAAUAUCACUUGGGAGGCAGGUAAAGACAUUACAGAGGAAUCUGUUUCUUCUGCAAAAGAAUUUUAUACCUCCAAGGGCAGGUGGUCAAGAGACUCGAAAUCUUCAGCAAAGAGGAGUUUUAGAGCAAGGAAGCCUUUUGUACCCCCUCACCCAAAGCCAAGGAUUUUGCGGGGACCAGGGUGGGAACCAAGCCUUACAUCUGUACAAGAACUCUCUCCAUGACUAUUUUAUCUACCUCAUGGCUUGUAUCAUUGUGGUAUGUGGUCCUUCUAGACAUUUAUUUUUCAUCUUUUUGUUCUGAUCAGUUCCUAAAUAUUCAAUUUUCUAUAGUGUUCUUUGUUUGCACAAAACAAAAGGAUAGAAAGGAAUAGAAUGUGUGUUUAUUCAA